AUGAAAUUUUUCCGUGUUGGUUGUCUAAUAGAGAUGGAAUGUAAAAUUCAUUGUGAUAAUGUAUGCACACAUUUUUGUUCAAAUUGCAAUGUAUUGAUCUGUCCCUCUUGUAGUAUCGAAGAGCACCAAGACAAUAGCCACCAUUCAUUGCUCGAGUUUAACCUCAAAGACCUAUCAAAGGUGGCCAACAACAAAAGAAUCGUCGAUGAAAUCUCUAGAUACAUUGUUCUGACACAAGACUACAAAAAGUGUAAUGACCAAGUCAUCUCCUUUUUCCAAGACCUCAUUCAACAUUUAAGUGCUGAUCAAUCAAGAAUCAUUCAAUCUAUCAACAGGGAAAGGGAAAAUGUUGAAAGAUGUAUCAUUUAUUUAUAUCAAAAAUUAAAUCCAAAUAUUAAUAAUAAUAAUAAUAAUAAUAAGAUCUUUAAUUAUAAUAAUAAUAAUAAUAAUAAUAUAAAUGGUAAUAAUAAUAAUCACAGUCAAAAUAAUAAUAAUAUAUUUGAAAAUAAUAUAAAUGUAAAUAAUAAUAAUAAUAAUAAUCAUAGUAAUGGUAAUAAUCAUCAUUUAAAUGGUCAUAGUAAUGGUUAUACUACUUCAACUACUACAACUACAACUACAAAUACAAAUACAACAAUAGUUGAAAGUAGAGAAAGUAGUGAAGGAGAGGAGAAUGAAGAUCAAAUGCCAGUUCAACUAGGUAGUGGGAAUGAGGAUGAAAUGGUACCUGAUGAAGAGAAUGAUGUUAUGGAUGAACCAACUGGUACUACACCAUUUGCAACACCAACACUUGCACCUCUAAAGAGACCAAGAGGAAGACCUAAAAGGGGAUCUACACCCCCCGCACCAAACGCAGAAGCAAAGAGAAAGAGAGGAAGACCAAAAAAAACUGGUGAUGGAUCAUCAUCAUCAGUCCAACCAUCUCCACAACUCAACUCAUAUGGAGGAAAUAUCAGUCUUGACUCUAGUAAUGGUGGAAUUAAAAGAACUAAAAGAGAAGAUAGAGAUUAUAGUCUUAAUGGUAGUGGAUCAUCAUCUUCAUCAUCAUCUGAUGAAUACCCAUUAUUACCAACUAGUAGAAGAAACUCAUUGACUAUUAAUAAUAAUACAAUCAAACCAGACCAACAUUUAGAAGAAUCUGGUGACAAUAUAUUACUGUUGGGAGCAAGUGGUGAUUCUUCUUCAAUGACAUCGAUUGCUGAAGAAGAGUUGGAGAGUAGAUUCGCACCGUCUACAAUUGAUGUAGUACAGAUUGACUUUAAAGUGGUGACAGAGUAUUUGGAAAAGUUCAAAAAUGCAGUCAACCAGUUACACGGUGUCGAUGUAUCGAUCCACAGCUCGUUUAAAGAGUAUGAGUUGGCCAAGAACACAACCAUAUCUUCCAUCUAUAGUUUUAGUGCAAUGGAAAGUGAUCUCGAGCAAUCGUACGAGGUCUAUGACAUCAUCAUUGACCAAUGGACAAAGAAUAUGGGACGAUCGUUUAACAAGGCACGUGACUUUGCUAGAGAGUCGAUUGUGCUGGCUGGCAACCACAACUUGUAUGCGUUUGGCGGUGCCAAGUCUCCGUUGACUCUAGAAUGCUUCAACAUGCAUUCUGGGCAGUCUGUCGAGAGUCCUCUGAACCAGCUGCGUGGUAUGGGUAUAUCGGCGUGCUAUGACGGCGAGCGUUACAUCUACUUGGCGGGUGGACACUACUACAACAAUAACAAUGCCAAGGAUAUUGUCUCGUACGACCUCGUCGAGCAGUACGACACGCACACUAACCGGUUCACAACCUUUCGCGCACAUUUGGAGCGACCUGUUAGCCGCUCUCUGUCAAUCUACCACAACCGCACCAUCUAUCUACUCGGUUGCACGUCUGUUACCUCCCAACAAGUUGGACAUUUACGGUCGGUCCUAGAAAUCAACAUUACGAGUGGCGAGUGCCGUUCCUAUCCACUCAUGACCAAAGAACACUCUUCUUUUGCCAAUAUUGACGCGUGUUGUUUUGACGGCACACAAUACAUUUACAUGAUAUCGUCCAAAGUGUUUUGUCGGUACGAUAUCGUCCGCAAGACGACCAAGUCUCUUGCAUUCCCAGUCAUCUCAGAGUAUAUCCUCGAGAGCCCCUCACUCAUCUAUGGUUUUGCAAAAGGUGGCUAUAAAAUACAUCUAAUCACAACCUAUUCUAAUUUCUGUUUCGAUUUGUCCAAUCUUACUUGGUCAUCUAUUAAAUCCAAAUCAACCUUUUUUAAACGUCAAACUUCUAUUUCCCUUUAA